AUGGGAGUUGUAGGCAACUCACAAUCUAACGGGACCCGGGUGUGUGGAAACGCUGCGCUUCCCAGGACUACGAAUCCCGUCGACUCAGGAGGGGGGAUUUAGGAAACGGCACUUCCGGCCCUGCUGCUGCUGAGAGGGGAGCGGACGAGACGGGCGGCUGUGCGCUUUGCGGCAGCGGCGGGGAAGCGGCGGAGAGGCGCCAUGCGGUGGGCGGCCGCACGCAGGCUGGCCCCGCCGCUCCGGCUGCCCACAGAAGCAGCUUUUAUGAUGUUCCAUUGUGGGACUAGAUUAUGAGUGCCAACAAGAAUACCCGCUACAAUCGUUUCUCCAACAGUAACACUCCAACAAUAACACUCCCAGAAAACACAAACGGGACAAGAAUGGAAACUACUUUUGGACCCACAUACUCUGCUGUGACCACCAUCACCAAAGCAGAUGGAAGUAGUUCAUACAAACAACAUCGCCCGACACCCUCCUCCUCAAGUACACUUCCCUUUGCCUCCCGAGAUGAGGACGACAGCAUGCCACCAAUCACCCGUCGGUCUGACUCUGCCAUCUCUGUUCGGUCGCUGCAUUCGGAGUCCAACAUGUCCCUGCGCUCAACAUUUUCUCUCCAUGAGGAAGAGGAGGAGCCAGAGCCUCUGGUGUUUGCUGAGCAGCCUUCUGUGAAACUCUGUUGCCAGUUGUGUUGCAGUGUGUUUAAGGAUCCCGUCAUCACGACCUGUGGGCACAUUUGCAGGAGAUGUGCCUUAACCUCUGAGAAGUGCCCAGUGGACAAUGCCAAACUGACAGUGGUGGUGAACAACAUUGCAGUGGCUGAACAAAUCGGGGAGCUCUUCAUUCACUGCAAGUACGGCUGCCGGUCCAGCGCCAGUGGCAAGCCUUCAGCCUUCGAGGUGGACCCCCGGUGCCCCUUCACCAUUAAACUGAGUGCCAGGAAGGACCAUGAAGGCAGCUGUGACUACCGGCCAGUGCGCUGCCCCAACAAUCCCAGUUGCCCUCCGUUGCUCAAGAUGAACCUGGAGGCACAUCUGAAGGAGUGUGAGCACAUCAAGUGCCCUCACUCCAAAUACGGGUGUACAUUCAUAGGAAACCAGGAUACCUACGAGACUCACCUGGAAAUGUGCAAAUUUGAGGGUCUGAAGGAGUUCCUCCAGCAGACGGAUGAUCGCUUCCAUGAGAUGCAAGUGGCCAUGGCUCAGAAGGACCAGGAGAUUGCCUUUCUGCGCUCCAUGCUGGGCAAGCUUUCCGAGAAGAUAGACCAGCUGGAGAAGAAUUUGGAACUGAAAUUUGAUGUGCUGGAUGAGAACCAGAGCAAGCUGAGCGAAGAUCUGAUGGAGUUCCGGCGAGAUGCCUCCAUGCUCAACGAUGAACUGUCUCAUAUCAAUGCCCGGCUGAACAUGGGGAUUCUGGGCUCCUACGACCCGCAGCAGAUUUUCAAGUGCAAAGACUUUGUUGGCCACCAGGGCCCCGUCUGGUGCCUCUGCGUCUAUUCCAUUGGUGACUUGCUCUUCAGUGGCUCUUCUGACAAAACCAUCAAGGUGUGGGAUACCUGUACCACUUACAAGUGCCAAAAGACUCUGGAAGGUCACGAUGGAAUUGUCCUGGCACUCUGCAUCCAGGGGAAUAAACUGUAUAGCGGCUCAGCUGAUUGCACCAUUAUUGUUUGGGAUAUUCAGACCUUGCAGAAGGUCAACACCAUUCGUGCACAUGACAAUCCCGUGUGCACUCUUGUCUCCUCGCACAAUAUGCUUUUCAGUGGCUCCCUGAAGGCUAUUAAGGUCUGGGACAUUGUUGGCACCGAGCUGAAACUGAAGAAGGAGCUGACAGGCCUUAACCACUGGGUCCGGGCGCUUGUGGCAUCCCAGAAUCACCUGUACAGCGGCUCCUACCAAACCAUUAAGAUCUGGGACAUCCGGAACCUGGAAUGUGUCCAUGUCCUGCAGACAUCUGGGGGAAGCGUCUACUCCAUUGCGGUCACCAACCAUCACAUCGUCUGUGGCACUUACGAAAAUCUCAUUCACGUGUGGGAUAUUGAAUCGAAAGAGCAGGUUCGCACCCUCACGGGACAUGUGGGCACUGUGUACGCUCUGGCAGUCAUCUCUACGCCAGACCAAACCAAAGUCUUCAGCGCCUCGUAUGAUCGGUCAUUGCGGGUAUGGAGUAUGGACAACAUGAUCUGCACCCAGACACUCCUGCGCCACCAGGGCAGCGUAACAGCGCUGGCCGUCUCAAGGGGCCGCUUGUUUUCCGGGGCUGUCGACAGCACCGUCAAGGUUUGGACCUGCUAGGACCUGCUUUGGAUGCCCCACUGCCAAAUACACGCCGGCUGACUCCCUACACUCCAAGCGCCCUGCAGAUGUGCUGUGUUCCUUCUCGGUGGGCCUUCCACUCCCCAGCCAGCUGUGCAAGAGCUUUUGGCCACAUGAGAGCACCCUCUCCCUUCCGCAGCAGCAGCAGCAGCGCCUUCCCAGGGAGGAACAACCCCCACACACACACACCCUCACCCAAUGCGCCACUCCAGCUGCAGCUCCUGGUCUGGCCCUUCCUGGGAGAGAGCGGAAGUCGAUGGACACUGGCCCAACUGCAAGCGGUGGCAACAAAGGCUUUACUCUCUCGUCAGGGGAUCGUCUUCAAGAGCAGGUUUUCCUACGAAACUGGUUUGGAUCAGUCUGCAUGAGCUGCCAGCUCCCUCCUGGUAUUUAAAUUAUUUGCUAUGCUCCUUCAUUUGUGGCCACAGCCGGGGAUAAAACCCAUUGUCCUCUCAUGUAAAAACCCGGUACGAUUUCUAUGUCCCCAGUCCAGCCUUCUUAUCAGGUAUCCUAAACCUUCCCCCACCCCCGCCCUUCUUCAGAGCAUCCCAUCAUCACGGCCUCCCUGGGAAAAGCAGGAGAGCCGACAGUUGUGUUUUUACGGACAUUUUCUACUGUUUUUAAAAUUGUGAUAUAGAUUUGGAUUAUUUCUUCCUUACCAAUAAAAUUGGACCAUUGUUUUA